CAUCACACAGAGUCAUUCGGAGCAAAGACGGUGCACACCGCCUUGCCUGCUCCGCCGUGCGGUAGGAGGGGUUGUAGUGACGCUGUUAUCCAAUGGGCACCGGCUUCCUCCGGACGGAGCGCAGCGUCUCUGUCUCAGCGGCACUUUUGCGCCAGACAAGUACGGUCGGCGUCUCACUCAGCAGUGGAGAAGCGGAAGACAGCGCUCCGGGAAUUACUGAGGUGUAUUUGGCGAAGAAGACUAAUCUUUUCCUCUUUUUACCCCCCACCAACACGCGGGUUUUGCAAAGAUGAACGCUGGCUGCGUCAUCUUGGCGUGCACCUUACUUGUGGGCGCAUCCUCGGGGAGUAAGGCAGGCCAGCCCCUCAAACCCCCGUGCAGACCAGGCUUCUCCCAGAACUUCUACACGGUGAUUGUCUCAAGAGACUUACUGCACGGCCAGAGCAUUCUCAAAGAUACCACCCUGUCCAGUGAACGUGUAAAGUUUGAGGACUGCCAGCGCAACAGAGAGGUCUGCUUCGUCAGCAGCGACCCCAACUUUAGCGUGCGGCCCGAUGGGACUGUGUAUGCCGAGCAGGAGGUGGGCAACCUGUCAGAGCCUGUCCAGUUCAUGGUAACAGCCCGGGGGCUCCAUGACCCACACAUCUGGGAGACCACUGUUAAACUGGCCCUGGCUGGACAUCCGCAUCCUUCGCCAUUCACAAAGAUUGGCAUUGAGGAAAUGCUGUCAAGAGUCUGGGACUCACCACCCAGGGUUAUCAAGUUCCUUCGAAAACAUCAGAGAGGCUCCUCUGCCAACGGGCUGAGGCGACAGAAGCGAGACUGGGUCAUCCCGCCUAUUAAUGUGCCUGAAAACUCCAGAGGACCUUUCCCUCAUAUGCUUGUCAGAAUCCGCUCCGAUCAGGAUAAGGAUGUGGGCAUCCGCUACAGCAUCACCGGAGCAGGCGCUGAUCAGCCCCCGAGUGGUAUCUACAACAUAGAUCCCAUCAGCGGCAACAUGUUUGUCACCCAACCUCUGGACAGAGAAGAAAGAGCUUCCUUCCAUCUGCGUGCACAUGCAGUGGACAUGAACGGGAACCAGGUGGAGAACCCGAUCGACCUGUACAUCUAUGUGAUCGACAUGAAUGACAACAGACCCGAGUUUCAAAACCAGGUGUAUAACGGCUCUGUGGCAGAAGGAUCCAAACCAGGCUCGUCUGUGAUGCAGGUUACCGCCACAGACUCGGACGACUCCACCACAGCGAACGGCAUGGUGCGCUACCGCAUCCUCUCCCAGAGCCCCCACAGCCCCAUCCCCAACAUGUUCACCAUCAACAGUGAGACUGGAGACAUUGUUACGGUGGCAGCCGGCCUGGACAGAGAGAAAGUCUCUCAGUACACCAUUAUUGUCCAGGCCACUGACAUGGAGGGCAACCUGAAUUUUGGACUCUCCAACACAGCCACCGCCCUCAUCUCUAUUACAGACAUCAACGACAACCCGCCUGAACUGACAGUGAGGACGUUUUCCGGGGAGGUUCCAGAGAACAAAGUAAACGUGGUGGUGACCAACCUGACAGUGGUGGACCGGGAUCAGCCCCACAGUCCUAACUGGAACGCAGUCUAUCGCAUUGUCAGCGGAGACCCAUCUGGACACUUCACCAUCCGCACCAAUCCCAUCACAAAUGAGGGCAUGGUGACAGUGGUCAAGCCCGUGGAUUUUGAGAUGAAUCGUGCCUUCAUGCUAACUGUGGUCGUGUCCAACCAGGCCCACUUGGCCAGUGGCAUCCAGUCCUCGCUUCAGUCCACAGCAGGUGUAACCAUCUCUGUGCAGGAUGUGAAUGAGCCGCCUGUCUUCCCCGUCAACCCAAAGAUGAUUCGCUUUGAAGAAGGUGUGCCAGCAGGGACCACUCUUACCGUGUUUGCGGCUCAAGACCCGGACCACUUUAUUCACCAGACUGUCAGGUACUCUAAGUUAUCAGAUCCAGCGAACUGGCUGAAGAUUAACAGGACCAAUGGUCAGAUCACCACCAUGGCCCUGCUCGACCGGGAGUCCAUAUAUGUCAAGAACAAUGUGUACGAGGCAACAUUCCUGGCAUUCGACAAUGGUAAGUCUGGUUCGCCCCAAGCCAGCGGGACAGGAACCCUCCAGAUCUACUUGAUCGACGUAAACGACAACGCGCCCGUGCUGAUACCCCGGGAGGCGCAAGUGUGCGAGCGAGCACGCCCCAACUCUAGGAUCAACAUCACAGCUUCCGAUGCUGAUGCCGACCCCAACAUAGGGCCGUUUGUCUUCGAGCUGCCUUCUUUUCCUGCAAGCGUUCGACGAAACUGGACCAUUUCCAGGCUGAGCGGUGACUAUGCUCAGCUGCGGCUUAGGAUUCCCUACCUGGAAGCAAGUGUGUACGAGAUUCCCAUAAUUGUGUCAGACUCGGGAAACCCUCCACUGUCCAACCGCUCUGUAAUCAGGGUCAAAGUGUGUCCGUGUGAUGAUAAUGGGGACUGUAGUGCCACGGGAGCCGUGGCAGCUGCUGGCCUUGGCACUGGGGCCAUCAUUGCCAUACUCAUCUGCAUCAUCAUACUACUCAGCAUGGUUCUGCUGUUUGUGGUGUGGAUGAAGCGCAGGGAAAAGGAGCGGCAAGCGAAGCCCCUGCUGAUUGACCCUGAGGAUGACGUCAGGGACAACAUCCUCAAGUAUGAUGAAGAGGGAGGAGGAGAGGAGGACCAGGACUACGACUUGAGCCAGCUGCAGCAGCCGGAGUCUCUGGACCACAUCAUCAACAAGCCGACAGGGGUGCGCAGGGUGGAUGAGAGGCCUGUGAUUGCUGAGUCGCAGUACCCUGUCAGACCCAGUUUGCCCCACCCUGGAGACAUAGGCGACUUCAUAAAUGAUGGUCUGAGGGCAGCAGACAACGACCCCACCGCUCCUCCCUACGACUCCCUGCUGGUGUUUGACUACGAGGGCAGUGGUUCCACCGCUGGUUCUGUCAGCUCGCUCAACUCCACCAGCUCAGGGGACCAGGACUACGACUACCUCAACGACUGGGGCCCCCGCUUUAAGAAGCUAGCUGACCUCUACGGAGGAGGGGACGAUGACUGAGAGCGGCGCCGCGGGGCUGGGUGGGGUUGCAGAUGGGAGAGGCGGGACCGGCUGGAUGGACGUUGCUGUAAAAGCAGCAAGGAGUGGCCAACUACACGACGCAGGCUCCAUGUGAGGAAUGGACCCAUACAUGGGCUGCAUCCGUUUGCUCACAGCAACCAGGCCCGCACACAUGAAUUCCGCUGCAACGCAACUGUAUUCUGGCUUUAUAUAUUAAAUUUUUUUUUUGUUGUGGCAAAUUUGUAGUGUGAUGUUUCGUUUUUCAUUUUAAUUUUCUUUUGUUUAUCUCUCACUGCGCUGGAUCCGGAUGUCCCAAGGCGGUCAUGAGAGACAGGAGCAGUGAAUUUGUGCUUGGAUUCAUUGUUAAAAAGAAACAAUGUCUCUCGCUUUAGUUUCACGCUGAAGAGUAUGUUUUUGGGGAAGACGCUCUCUGACUCUCUCUUUAACUCUGUCAACUUGAAUUUCCUUAGAACAGAAGCACUGUCAUUUUAUAAAGUGCCUUUUGUGGUGUGUUUUUUGUAUCAGACUCCUGCUAUCUCAGGAUCGGUUGCCGUUCGUGCAGUACAGUGGAGACACUUCCCCCAUUUCCCGUCGACCACCCCCCAACCCCACCCCAAACCUGCGCUCCUCAAACCGGCCCUGCCUGUCAAUCUCCUCUUCUUUUUCACAGUGGUGCACAUGAAACAACCCCAGCCGCCAGUCCCAGGAGGGAAGGACACAGCCAGGGCAUACCAUCGGAUAUCGUAACCCAACAAAUUAUGGCCUGAAGGAACCCACUAAGAGUCGCUAGAGGGAAGAGCACCCUCUUCUCCAAAGGUCUCCGCUGAAGUCCAACUUUCACGUUGUCAACACAACUGCAGCGCCCGACGCUGACUUUGUGUGAGACCAUUUUUAUACAGGUGGGGGGGGGGGGUUUCUAAUUUAGUGGAGAAUGCCUGCCUUUCCUCUGUGGACACACAAGUUUCAGAGCCUAUAUGUUGAGACACUUGCCUGCCCUGUAUGGUUUUUGUGUUGCUUUCUCCACAGUGUAAAGCUUACGUAGGCAUGAUCUGAUUAAUCAGUGUAAGAACAAGAAACUUGAAAUGACUUGGAACAAAGGUGUCUGAGGAAGAUUGUUGGUUUGGUUUUUUUUGGGGGGAGGGGGUUGUUUGUUUGUUUUUCUGGGGGGGGGGGGGGUCGCCUUGAACAUUCCCGUUUUUUAUAGCCCAACAAAUGUAUUAAAAGGUGCAUGAUUUUUUUUUCUCCAAAUGUUUUACUCCAAGCACUUGUUACUCUGUGGUGAGAAUGUGAAAAUAGUCUGCAGAAGCUAUAUGAAUAUACUCUGUAAAAAGACACUGAGAAAAUAAAAAUACUGUAAGAUACAUAUUUUUGAAGUAUUGACAUAAAAGUUGCUGCUCUCUCUCUCUCUGUGGCUCUACGGUGAGCUUAAGGGAUCUUUUGGCCCAUUCGUUUUUAAUAUGUGGGUAUUUAUGUUUUAUUUUUUUUGUCUUCUGUUGAAGCAUAUAAUUGUUUUUUUUAAGAUGCCUGCUUAUACUUUUUUUUUUAUUCCAUAAAAUACUUUGAUCUAUACUUUUUUUUCUUUUUCUUUCUAGUGUAUGAAGACAUGCUCUUUCCAUUUCAGUCUGUAUUGUCUGUGACAGAUGUGUUCCUUUUGUUGGCUUCUGGCCUUGGGACACUGGAACGUUCAUUAGCCACGUCUGCUGAUAGUUGUUCAAUUAAUCAGUGUGCUGCAAUUCUUUUAUUCAUUCAUCUAGAUACUGAAUGUGCGCUUCAGAAAAUAAACAACACAUGUUUUGAAAGCGUGCCAUCAUUUUUUUGGAGGUAAAUAAGGCAUCUUAUUUAGGACGGGUGUCAACAGUGGGAAUAAAAAAAACUCCCUUUUACCAGGAAGUAUCUCUGGCAGAACCAGGCUCAGAGAGGGGCAGCCAUCUGUCGUUACCAGGAUAUUUAAAUUUCAGUGGCAGCCAAUCAGAAGAAAGUUGUGCAUUCCCUUAGAGAAGAGGAACUAAAAUGGUUUUAGACCGACCCUGUGGUGAGCGGCUGCACCACUCUCACCUACUUUAUUAGACUCCAAGAAUAAAGACAUGCAGCUGUAAAUGAGCAUGAUAGUUCUCCUUUCAAGUCAGUAUUGGUACGACUUUAUUUCUAAAGUGCUCUGUAAAUAUUGGAUAUAUAGAUUUCUGCCAUAAGACCCUAUGACAGUACCAAAAACAGCACUGUGGCAGAAAGCAAUGCACCAGUGCACCCAUGCCUACUGACCGCUGAUGUUGAUGUUGCGCUGAAAGCAGCACACAUUGGUUUUUCAUCAGGAUUGUCUUUUUUUACUAUGAUUUAAAAUAUGAAAGGACUCUUCUAGCUUUAAGUUCACUGCUUUUCCACCUUGAUUUGCAUUUGAAUCGACUGGUUUGUAUCUGCACUCGGAAUUGUUACACCUACUUCAUUUUUCACUGUGGAAUAAUGUAUUUCUAAGUGUUAGCGUCAUGAAACCAGCCUCCCCGGGGGAUUAUGCAGUUAAACUUUGACCUUAUUGUUUGGAUAUGGCUUCAUUUUCUAAUAAAAAAAGAAAAGAAACAUACCCACUAUACAUGUUAUUGCAUCAUAGAGGACGGAUUGUUAGAGCAGUGUGUGGGGUCAGGAAGUAUAUUUGUGUCCAUUCCUGUGAUUUCAAUUAGUCAGCUGAAGCGCCAAAAAGCCCACUGGGGACUUAAAGGGAUUUAAUCCUCUCUGGCUGUGUGUCUAUCAAUUAGCCACACCAUUAAUCCCCACGGCGUAAUCUCAUUAGAUAGAGCGCCUUUAAUGAGACACCCAGAGAGAACUCAGAGAGCCAGGCAAAAAGAGAGAGCGAGAAAAAUGAGGUGGUGGCAAGAUGCAGGUAGGCCGUGUUGAGAGGUGAUUAGUAGGAUGGAGGAGAAGGUCAGCAGAGGAAGUGAGAUUCAAGUAAGAACAAUGCAUAACAUUAAGAAAAUUGUUAGGGAAAAAAAGAUUAAAUAUGAUGGUGUUAAAAAGAGUGAUGCUUCAUGGCCCGCUGUGGCCAGAAAUUAGAGGGCUGGGCAAUGAGGAGGUGAAGAAGACAGGUAGAGGUGAGCAGAGCUGAUGGAACACGCUGAACUAGUUAAUGAGAGGUGCUUUGAUUCCCUGAGUAUCCCAGUAAUGAGAACAUAAAACUAAGUUAACCUUUUUCUGUAGUACAAUAAUGAAAUCCUCUAUGAACCCAGCAGGGUUGUGGACCUGUGUGCAUAAGAGAGCCAUCAACAGUGGGCUCUGCUGCCCUGACAUAAUAAUCAAAUUGUUAAACAGUCCUGUUGGUCCUAGCCGGGUGGCAGAAAGGAUGAUUAACUUCAGGGGAGAGAUCUUUGAUGGGCUUAGAAGAAGUUCACUAGGUUUGCUUGUGGCCAAAGUGCAGCGUGAAAGAAGAAAGCAAACUCCCGUUUAUCACCCCCACCCCCUUGAUAAAUGGCAUAUAUAGACUGAGAGCUUUGCUGCUGGCUUGCUGCCGGUGCCUUGUGUGUUGUAAAUAAAGUUCUCUUCUUCAAACAUG